UAUAAAGCACUCACGCGCACACACAAACACACACACGAGCACAAAUACACAAUCGCGCACGCUCUCGCCUCACGCUCUCCCCUCCUUGUCCAUACGCUUCGAUAUGGAAUCCCACGAGGAACAAGUCCUGCCAAUGGACGUGCCGCGACUGCCCGCGCAAAUGUUCACGACGGCGGCGCAGCUGCUGGAUCUCACGGACAAGAAGAUCUUAUGUGCCCUUAGAGACGGCCGCAAGCUCUUUGGCGUCCUCCGCUCCUGGGACCAAUAUGGGAACAUCCAGCUCAUGGACACGAUAGAGCGCUACUACUGCGAGAUCGAGUCUCGGAAGCUGUGGGGCGAGAUCGCGCGGGGCCUGUACCUGAUCCGCGGUGAGAACGUGGCGUACCUGGGCGAGAUCGACCUGGAUCUCGAAGACGAUCCGCCGGAAGGGUGGGAAAAGGUCGCGGCGGAGGAGAUCCACAGAUUGGACAAGAGCAUGCGGGAACGGCAGAAGAGAGAGCUGAAAGCGCGGAACAAGAGGUUGAAGGAGAAGGGUCUGGAGAGGGAGAUGGGUGAGGAGCAUAUUUUUGUGUGAGCGUGGACUUCGCUAUGGAUGGAUGGACCGGCGGCCGCUCGUCUACAAUUGACAUCUAAAUGUGCAUUGCGUGGGGUCAGGUAUCAUGAUUGCAUGAAGGCGGCGUUUGGCGCAGAAAAGGGAAGGAACCCGUCCACGGACUGGAUGCAGUUUUCAGGGCAGAUUAGCCCAUACCGGUUUAUUGCAUGACUGCAUCGUCGAUGAGCUCCCUGAACUCAUUCUUUACUCCAAACACAUUCCUGCCUGGCUUCCAAAUUGAAAAAAAAAGUUGAUAUUGUCGGAGAUAUAAACAUCUAACCGGAGGCGAUGAACAGUCAUAAGCCUGUGCCAUAGUAUCACCGUGGGCGGCCUUAAGACGAUCAUCAAUCUUCCCACCGCAUCUGGGCAUACUUCUUUUGCAGCUCAUCGCUGAGAGCUCCGCCAUCAUCUGCAUGUGACGCAAGCAUCAUCGCCUUUUCGGCCCACAACUGGCAGCUCACAUCAUCUUUAAUGCAGUAACAUGUCACAGAAUGGUUGAACGCUGUGAUAGCCAUCCACUCUAGCUCAGCCAGUGGAUAUGGGUUUUUUCCCUGUAUCAGGAUUAGGCAAUUCCCGCAAAGUCUCGUGGACGGCUACUGACAAUCUUGCAUUUGUUAGCAAUACUGGUAACCUGGUCAAUGCAAUGCACUGCUAGACUGUCCUCCUUGCCCAAAGUAAGCUGGAAGAAACAUCUUAAGUACUUAGCCAGCUUCUCAAUGGGCUCAUGAGGCUUCCAACUCUUAGCCACAAUCCGCUCAAUGAACAUCAGAACAUCAUUUUGAUGCGCGAGCAUCAAUUCCGGUCCUUGUUCACACAACUCUGCAUGAAUGGAAAAAGAGAUAUCAGCGAGUGUGCUCCACUGCUUGGGAUCCUCAUACUUCCAACACUGUUCAAAAAGCUUGGAGAGAUCAUCCCACUUCUUCAGUCGUAGUGUCGCUUCUAGUUCAUAUUUAAUGGUUUGAACGUG